AGUGACAUGUCGUUCGGUGGUGAAUAGGCAUUUGAUGCAAAAUAUUUUCAAUUUUUUUCCAUUAUUCGAUUGGUACAUUUGUGUUAAAUAUGUUUUGUUAAGCUCGUUCGUGUAGAUUUACGCAUAUCUGAACUUUGUUUAGUGUUUAUUUUUUAAUUUUUGCACAUAGCCAUGGAUCUCGAAGACAAUGCAAUGGGUUUAACCCCUGAACAAACUGAUAAAAUUCUUCAAUUUCAAGAUUUAACCGGCAUCGAGGAUAUGUCGAUAUGUAGAGACGUUCUGCAGAGGCAUCAGUGGGAUUUAGAGGUAGCAAUACAGGAACAGUUGAACAUCAGGGAGGGGCGGCCAUCGGUGUUCGCGACGGAGGCGCGGGCGCCGCCCGUGGUUCACGACCACAUAGCGCAGCAGGUGUUCACAGACGAGCCGCCGGAGGGCCCAGGCGGCGUACGUGGCCUCAUCAGUUACGUCGUCAACCUAGUCGUGUCCAUGUGCUACAGCACAUUAUCAUCCGUACUGAACUUACUAUUAAGUUUCAUACGUACUGAUGACAGACGAUUGGUAACUGACCCUCUCGGCGAUGUUAUGGGCUUCGUCAACAGCUACACAUCCCGCUACAGCCCUCACCCUGUGUUCUACCAGGGCACAUAUGCGCAAGCUCUUAAUGAUGCUAAGAAUGAGCUGCGUUUCCUCAUUGUGUACCUACACUCUGAGUCUGCUACUGAGACUCAAAACUUCUGCAGGACCACCCUGGCCGACCCAGAAGUGAUCCAAUACAUCAACACGCACGCCCUGUUUUGGGGCUGCAGCAUCGAGAGCGCUGAAGGGUGGCGCGUGGCGCAGUCGGUGGGCGGGCGCCGGUACCCGCUGGUGUGCGUGGUGUGCGUGCGCGACCACCGCAUGACCGUGGUGGCGCGCAGCGAGGGCGCCUGCCAGCCGCGGCAGCUGCUGGCGCGCCUGCGGCAGGUGGUGGCCGACAACGAGCCGCAUCUAGCCGCCGCUCGCGCCGACAGGGUGGAGCGCGAGGUGACGGCCCGGCUGCGCGCGGCGCAGGACGAGGCUUACGCGGAGUCGCUGGCGGCCGACCAGGAGAAGGAGCGGCGCCGCGCCGCCGACCGCAUCGCGCGGCUGCAGCGCGAGAACGAGGACAUCGAGCGCCGGCAGAUGGAGGAGCUCAAGAAACAAGAGCUGGUAGAGGCGCGUGCGAAGAUGGCGUCCCGGCUGCCGACGGAGCCGGCGCCCGGCGUCGAUACCGUGGCGCUGCUAAUCCGCCUGCCGGGCGGGGAGAGGCUCACCCGACGGUUCUCACUCAAGAGCACUACGAAGGACUUGUAUGACUUCGUGUUCAGCCACCCGCAGGCACCAGAGGAGUUUGAGAUCACGACUAAUUUCCCGAAGCGAGCGGUCGCGCGUGGUUCAUUAAACCUCUUCGAAGUUGGCCUUAAAGACCGCGACGUGCUAUUCGUCAACGAUAUCAACGCAUAGACUAGAUACAGGAGUGAUCAGGGCUUGAAGACAAGGGAUUAUAUCACGAGGUAAUAAAGACGGGUUGGCGAUAGUUUCGACAAGGGAAACGGAAAGGUUAAACUCGACCGACUCUUCCUUAUUUUGUUUCCAGACACUUUUUGUUUUUUAGGGAGGGACCGAAAUCCAGGAACGGCACUAACAAUCGUUGGGCACUAAGGGGUGCCGUAGCACAUGGUUGAGGUAUUAUGUUAGUGCCCAUACUCUACUGGAUAAGUUAGUGCCGGCCAUGUCGAAAAUCUGAAGUUUUACAGAGAUAAAUUAACCUCAUAAGCAGUUUAUAUUUAUGAAUGUCAACUUGUUAAAACCAAUCGUAUCCUACACGAAUAAUAACUUGUAUUGACAAUUUGUUUAUUAUGUAUACUUACCUAGGUAAGUACAAGUCAAUAAGUAUAUAGAAGAGUUUGUAUAAAAUACAGUUUUUCCAAUCAUUUUGCACUGUUACCUCACAGAAAAUAUAUCUAGAAAUAGAUAAAAAUAUUAUAGAUCCUACAUUGAGCAUUAGUUAUAAAACGUAUACCUGUCAAUUUUAAAGCAUUCUGAGGAUAUCCUUAAGAAUAUAAGGUUAAAACUUGCCACCUUUGAAUCACCUAGUAAUCUUUUGAUGCUUCGGUUGAAUUUAGUAUUAUUCUUGGGUAACUAUGCAAUUCUCCACAAGUGAACUACAAUAUGAUUCAAGCCCUGUUUCUGUCCGAUACUCUAUUUGUAUUUUUAUACAUGACUUAAAAUUGACAAGGGUGUGGAAUGUGGUAUGAAUAACUCGUUAUUGCGUUUGGUCUUCGCUCGGACAAUUUUUUUGCGGUACCCUAAACGUUUAGACAAUUUUGGGAUAUCACUACUGACUUGUUUGUUAAUUACUAAUGUAAUACUUUUGUAUGUGAACUUUUCAUAAAGCGAUUUAAAAAACAAUUAAGUAUAAUGGAUGUGACAGAUUAGGUCGCCCUCGACAGGGUCAUACUAAUUUUGUACUUAACUAUUUCCAGUGGUGAAUGCGUGACUACUUGCCAACUUAUCUCCAAUACCAUCAUGUGAAGUAGCCACACUAAACCACACAAGAUUAUUGUAAAAUAAUUUUAAUUAUUGUUGUUUCUUAUAUUUUGAAGUUUUGUUUACCUUCGAUCAGUACCAUACGUGUAUAAGGUCGAAAUCAUGCAAUUAUUUAUAAUUAUUAUAAAUGUUUUUGUUCCUUUUGGCAAAUGCUCAAAAAUAAGUCUAUUAUAUCGUUUCGGCAAAAGAUAGAAAUUUUAUUUUUUCUCGAGACCUCCUAUGUGGAGUCCUGUAAUAUAAACAAUUGUGUAGGUAUCAAUGAUAUCAUGCCAAUCUUAAUAAAUGUGCUGGACAGAAAUACUACAUUGUUGAUUUUGACAUAUCAAUUUCGACCAUUCAUAGUAGCAUCUUCUCCACAAAAGAUUAUGAUGUUUUGUUUGCCUGUCCACUUUCUUUUUUCAGGUUCUUAACUAAAUAUAGUUAUAUUUUGUAAGUUGUGAUUGGUAUACUAUAAGUAGCUCUAGAUAAAUCAAGGAAGCUUGCUGCUCGACAUAUUCGGGCCGUUCAAUCGAGCAAUAUCUGUAUCUUUAUUUUUGUAUACUGCAUUUGUCACUCAUUUAGUUGAAGCUGUUUAGCCUGAAAACAAAAUCAGAAUACUCAUUGUUCCUUUGAUGCGACUGGAGGGUUCUUGUAUAUAAAUUUACGCGGUCAUUUAUUUCGAUUUUGAAUUCGCCAGUCAAGUAUAGCAUAAUGAGACAAUCUGGCGUGGCGUUUGUCAGGACGUUCAUAGUUGUCGAGUAGCAGUAACAUUGGCCGUGCAUUUUGUUUGUUUUCAUUGGAGACACAAGUUCUGUGAUCGCGUACCUUGUGCGUCAUUGUGCGAGGUACGCCAGGUGCGGUGCGUCGAAUAACGACUUCGUGCAUUUAUUUGAGGACGGACUGUGUAUUAUAAUUUUUAUGUUUUGUUGUAUAAUAAUAAAUAAUGUUCCUUCCCUA